CCACCAGGUGCCACUUCCUCUACUCAUCAUGCCCGUCAUCAUCCUUCAGACCCAUCUUCCGAAGUUGUUGAUCUACGGUACAUGCUCGUGGGAUGCCUUCGUCAGAACUGUGGUGAUUCCUCUUCAAACGUCCACUUGGUGAUUACCGGGUCAAGGCUGUCAAACUCCUCUUCCUGCCUUGCUUUUGCUCAUGCUUCGGCCCUGCGAGCACAUCCAGAGGAUCGCAUUUGGUGCUACUCGUUCGCCUCCAAUCCUGCGCUCGGAGGCAUGCCCGUCUCUGGCACCAGUUUUGUUCUGUAUCACUAAUUGUCCGGCGGACUUUUGAGCUCCCCAAGCAGUCUCUAUCAAAUGUGGGCCGUCACACCGUGUCGACGGACUCUGAUCUCCAUCACCCGAUCCGCGACCGCUGCUGAAGCACGCCGUACAGGAUGAUGAUGAUGAUGCGCUUCCGACGCUACCGAUUGUUCCUGCUAGUGGCUGUUGUCGCAAUUGUGUCAGUCUACCAACUGACCCGGGUCAAUCACUGGGAGAAUCCAGCCCUCGAGGCACUCGUGGGAUUGAAGAACGAUCACGCUACCAAGAAAAUUGUCUCGAGCACAGAUUCUUCGGAGGAGCUUCAUGACCCUGCGCUUGCGCCAGCUCCAGAAGUGCCCGCUGAGCCCCCAGUACAAGCGGCGCACCCUGCUUUACCACCGGUCGAGUUUCCAGAAAACGUUCCUCUCCCUCGCCCUCUGCCAGAAACCACUUCGUCGCCGUCACCUUCCCCAAUUUCACAGCCCACAGCGUCCAAAGAAGAGCUGCUCGCCCAACAGCCGAGUUUGAAUGAUGAAAGAGUUGAUGAACAAGGUCGAGGGCGGCAUGGGUCAAAACCUCAGCCAUUGGAACCCGGGAGGGCAUAUUGGAUACAACAGGAAGAGCAUUUCCCGAUACCCUCUCAAAGUCUGAUACCGCUGCCGACCGGCGAACCUAAGUCACUGCCCAAAGUGCAAUACAGCUUUGGCACAGAGAAGCCCGCGAUGAAAACAGAUCGACUCCGAAAGCAGACUGUGAUCCGUGAAGCGUUCAAGCAUGCUUGGUUCGGCUACAAAAAUUACUCUCUACCUCAUGAUGAGCUCAAGCCCAUAUCCAAAGAAGUGGGGGAUCCGUUCAAUGGCUGGGGUGCGACUCUGGUGGACUCGCUGGACACCCUUUGGAUCAUGGGAUUGCGUGAUGAAUUUCACGACGCAGUUGCCGAGGUGGGCAGGAUCGAUUUCAAGACAUCUGCAAGAAAGGACAUUCCUCUCUUCGAGACGACAAUCCGCUAUCUCGGUGGGCUGAUUGGAGCUUACGAUCUAAGCUCGGGUAAAUAUCCAGUGCUGCUUGACAAAGCGGUCGAACUUGCAGACAUUCUGAUGGGUGCCUUCGAUACGCCCAACAGAAUGCCUGCGGUUUUCUACAACUGGGCCCCCUCGUCCGCUUCCCGCCCACACAGGGCCAGUGAGCACACCGUGCUUGCAGAAAUAGGGUCGCUCGCAGUCGAAUUCACGAGGCUAGCUCAGAUUACCCGCGAGCCCAGGUAUUACGAUGCGGUCGCACGGGUCACAAAUGCUCUAGAGGACUGGCAGAUGAAAACGACUUUUCCGGGCCUUUGGCCAUUGAAGCUGGACGCAUCCGGCUGCAAAAAGCCCCGAGUCGUUUCAAAGUCGACAGCUGACAGCGAUGAUGAAGAAUCGGAGGCCGUCUCUGUACGGCCGAAAGAUGGCCGCGAAGAAUUGUCCGCGAUGGAGGGAACAGGCACGGACAAUCGGCGUAACCCCGACGAGAAUCCCUUGAAUGUGUUGACUAAGCGACAAGAGCUUUCAUCACCUCCCUCAAACGAAAAACCGGCGGAGAAGGAUGGCGGACUGACUGCAGCUGAACAGAAGGCCAAUCCGCUGAUCGAGGCAGAAUGGGAUGAAGAGGAUGUUGACGACUCCCUUUGUGGAUUACAAGGUCUGAGCACAGAGCCCGAUUCCACCACCCACACCUAUGGAAUCGGCUCGAUGGCAGAUUCCACAUACGAAUACUUUCCGAAGGAAUAUGCUCUCCUUGGCGGGCUGAACGAGCAGUACAAGAGUCUAUAUCUGGAUGCUAUGGAGAUUGUCCGGGAAGACUUACUGUUCCGGCCUAUGACAAAGGAGAACCAUGAUAUCCUGUUUCUGGCAAAACAAAAUAUCUCGCCCAAGGCAAAGGACCCUGCUAAGCGAAAAGUGACAAUCUAUGAAGGCACGCACCUGGGAUGUUUUGCCGGCGGCAUGUUUGGCCUAGGGUCCAAGCUGUUCAACAUCCCUUCAGACAUGGGUAUUGCAGAGAAGCUCACCGACGCAUGCGUUUGGGCUUACGCUUCCACACCCGUAGGUGUCAUGGCCGAAGAAUUCGAACUUGUACCUUGCGAUAGUCUCACUUCGUGCAAGUGGAAUGAAGCCAAAUGGUAUGAGGCGCUGGAUCCGAGGCUCGAGGAGCGAAUGCGGGCGGUCGAGACUUACAAUAUCAAUCAGCAAAGGCUGCGCGAGCAAUUAUUGGCUGGUAUCGACGAUGUACCGAACAACGAGGAUUCCGUUGUCUCACACAUAAUUGCGGACCCCAGCAUGAAGAAGAGAGACACGCCGACAGAUUUCGGAGAGAAAGAACGGACAGAGACAAUUUUCUCUGACGAGGAAGGUACACACACAGAAGGACUACCGCCCAUGCUAUUUACACCCCGGGUGGCGAUGUCUCACGAAAAGUAUGUCGCAGCCAAAAUCCAGGAAGAACGACUGCCUCCAGGGUAUACACGGAUCAAGGCGCGCGACUACCGACUCCGACCUGAGGCCAUCGAGUCGGUGUUCAUCAUGUACCGACUGACAGGAGACGAGACGUGGAGAGACAAAGGGUGGGCAAUGUUUGACGCAGUCGACAAAGCAACAAGGACGGAAAUUGCCAACGCAGGCAUCAAGGACGUGACGAGCCAAUUGAUGGAGCAGCAAGAUUCUAUGGAAUCCUUCUGGCUCGCAGAGACGUUGAAGUAUUAUUACCUCUUGUUCAGCGAACCGGACUUGAUCAGCCUGGAUGAUUACAUUUUGAAUACCGAAGCACACCCCUUCAAACGACCCAGAUGAUUGUUGGAUUCAUCUUGGCCCAUUUAUCGAGAACAAGCACCCCGAACGGGAGACAGCAAUUAGGACUUUGGCAUAGCCACUGCAUUUCUAUACGGUGUUUGGAGCAGGGACAAGUUGGAUGGACAAUCUUGCACUUCUCUGGACGCUUCUCUUACCAGCAGUAUAGAGCGAGGGUGAAAGACAAAAUAUCUGCAAUGGCACUCAGCCAUUGUUCCUGUGUCGUCGAGAUAAAACAUUGAAGAAAGCAUCUCUGUGCCCUAGUGAACAUGUGGGCCUGUGAAUAGGAGCUAGGACAAAAGUACUUUAUCUCUAGCUAGGCGAGAGGCAGUCCCUCCGUACCUAACAUCCUUGCAGGUGCCGUUGUAUGUACCUACCUAACAAGUAGGUAGGUGGCACCUAGAG